AUGGAGGAUGUUGUGGGAUUUGGAUUCCGUCCUACCGAUGAGGAGCUGGUCGGUUACUACCUCCAUAACAAAAUCCUUGGUAAUGACUGGCUCGUACAAGAACUCAUCAACGAGGUCAACAUCUCUAACUUCGAUCCUUGGAAUUUGCGCUUCCAAUCGAAGGUGAAAUCGAGAGACCUUGUGUGGUACUUCUUUUCUCGCAGGGGUUCGAAUGGGGACAGACAGAACAGGAAAACGAGUUCUGGGUUCUGGAAGAUUACUGGGGAUCCUGUAGAAGUUAAGGAUCAGUGGGGAACUUGGUGUGGAGUGAAAGGUAAGAUUGGUUACAAAAGGGUUUUGGUGUUCCGCAGGGGAAAAAGCUCGAGCUCCCAGAGCACCAAAUCUGAUUGGGUUAUGCACGAGUAUCAUUACACUCUCUUACCACAAGAUCAGAGGACCCACGUCAUAUGCAGACUGGAGUAUAAGGGCCAGGACAUGAGCAUUCUGUCUGCUAAUCCAACAGAACCCCUUCCAACUUUUUUUCCCAAUGUGACUAAUAGUGCUGCAUCAGAUUCUGUGGUCAAUCAAUCAGUUCAAGGAAACUCAGCCUCUUUCAACACUUUCUCUGACUAUGAUUCAGCAAAUCAGGGACAGUGGUUUAGUGAGGACUUUAACCUGCAUCAACCAGUGGUCUCAUAUGAUGAUGGUGAUACACAGAGGAUUUGGGAUUAUGUAGUUGAAAAGAAUUUCAGCCAAUACCGGCCCAAGAAACCUGUCACAGUGGUUUCCGUCGAUGAUAGCAGUGAUGCUGAUAACACUGACACUGAAUCUACUACAGGUAACGCAAGUAAGGCAAUGCGAAUGAAGAAAAAUGGAUGGAGGGGAAAUCAAUAG